AUGGAUCAGGAGAUGACAGACUUGAAGUCAGUGCUAAGGUCACUGGUAGUGUCGAGUCCCACGCAGAUGGACGUGCGCUCGCUGCUCCGCGACUAUCGCAACAUGAUGGGAUCGCCGAUCCCUCUGGCCAAGUAUGGCUUCAGGGAUCCACUUGAAUUCCUCAAGGAGCGUUGUGGAGACUGCUUUCUCUUUACGGGGCCUGCCAGUAAUCCUGUACUGACUCUUAUUGUUCCCGAAACUUUGAAACACAUUGACCAAUUUGUACAGAGACAGAAACUUUCGUCCACAGUAAAACAUAAAGGAAAAAGAAGAAGUGUGUCUGAAGCUUUGAUAAAAAAGCCACAACCAAAUCUCAUUGCUAGUACCUUUAUAUCAAGCAGUAUUAGAAAUAAGCCCAUUAAUGAAGACCCAGUGAAGAGUAAUCUAAAGCCAUUAAUAAAAAAUGGAGAGACCCAAGUCAAAGAGCAACUGAAUAAGCAAUCAUAUAAACCUGAAAUCAAAACAUCAUCAAACUGUAAUAUUAGUGUAAGUAAUAAAGAAAAUGAGCAGCAUAAUAAUGUUAAUAAGUUGAGAGCAGCUGAGCACGAGUACUGUUCUACUGAAGCAUACCAAAAUUUCUUAAAAAAGAGACUGCCACCUUAUUCGGAAAACGAAAAAUGUGAUGAAAAAACUUCCUCGAAAGAUGAUGGGGAUUCUGGCAGGCAAACUGCAUCCAGUACUAGCUCCACUAAAGCAGCUAAGUUGGAGGAAUUGAAGAAUGAAAUAAUGGAUUUGAUAUCAGAAUUUCCAGAAGGAGUUUGGUGCACAGAAUUAAUUAGGUUAUACAGGGAGAGGUACAGACGCGAGUUGGACUUCAUUAGGUUCGGUUUCACGAGCAUAUUGAGCGUGGUGGCGGCGCUGGGCCCCGGCGUGGUGGAGAGCCGCGACCCCGAGGGGGGGGACUGGCUGGUGAGGGACGCGCGCUACGUGCCCCGCGUGCCCCGCGUGCCCCACGAGUGCCCCGGCCCGGCCCGCGUCCGAGCUCGCUCUCGACCGCAUCUGGCUCGACCCGUGAGCUGCACUUCGCCCGUCGACCCGGAUGAUGCGUUGCCCGGCAUCGACUUUGAUCCGGACGUGUUCCCCUCGGACUGCAUGCACUUCAUGGACAGCAUCCCCGGGGCCUCCCUGGCGGGGCUGGCGGCGGGCGCCAUGCUGGAGGUGCUGGUGGGGGAGGUGUACUCCCCCUCACACUUCUGGGUGCUGCGCCUGGGGGAGCGGCACCAUGCGGCCAUGGAGGACAUCAUGGACCAGAUGACGCGGUACUACAGUCACGGCGAGGGCCGGGCCCGCGCGCUGUCGCUGGGCGCGGUGCGCGUGGGCCACUACUGCAGCAGCGUCUACGAGGGGGACUGGCACCGGUCCCUCAUCGUCAGGAUAUUGGAUAGCGAAACCGUUAAGGUGCGGCACGUAGACUACGGCACCGUGGAGACGGUGCGGGUGUCCGCGCUGAAGCCGCUGCGGCGCGAGUGGGGCCAGCUGCCCGCCCAGGCCGUCAGGGCCAGGCUGGCCGGGGUCAGGCCCUGCGGCCGGGGCCGGCGCUGGCCACACGCGGCCUCCGCCGCCUUCCUGCGGGCCGUGCGCGACACGCGCCUCGUGGCCAACCUCGUGUGCCAGGACCCGCAGGAGGACAUAAUCGAAGUAUUCCUCAUCAACACUUCGACAGAAGAGGACAUCAACAUCAGUAAUGAGUUGAUUCGCUCCGGGCACGCCGACGGCCGUCCCGACUCGUCCCUAAGGACGUCGGAGUGCUACCUGUUCCCGCGGUUCGAGGCGCUGGAGGGCGGCGACACGCCCAACUACGGCGAGAUCGCGCGCUACCUGCGCGACGGCAUCCGCCUCGAGUUCGUCGACGAGUACCGCCGACACGUGCCCGCCGACCUGCCCCCGCUCGCCAGCCCGCACACCACCCCGCCCCCCGCGCCCCCCGCGCCCCCCACGCCCUCCCCCACCCCGCCCUCGCUCUCCCCCUCCCCGUCCCCGACUCCCCCGGAGUCCACCGAGUCCGCGGGCUCGUCUACAGAGAGGAUGCGCGCGUCCGCGCCCGUAUUCGAACCUGCAUCGCUCGCAGCCCGCGCGGAGUCCCCGCCCCCCUCGCGCCCGGCCCCUCCGGACACGUUCAACAGAAUCCCCCUGAUGCAGCCUCAACCGGCCCAAGAACUCCGACCGCAGCCGCCGCCGCCGCCCCGCCCCCCGCCUCCCCCGCCUCAGCAGGCCUACUCCCCGAUGAUGCCGUACGUUGGCAUGCCGCCGUUCCCGGGCGCGGUGCCACUCUACCCGCCCCUGUACCCGCCGCCGAUGCCCGUGUUCGUGCCCGGUCCCGGUCCGCCCGGUCCGCCCGGUCCCCCCGGGUUCGCGCCCCAGCCCGGGCCCUACCCGCAUGCGCCUCGACAGACCGCGCGCCCCCCCGGUCCCAACCGGUGGGCCGGUCCCCGGGCCGCGUCGCCUCCGCCCCCCUACAACGGUUCACCGAACGUCCGACGGGGCCCGUCGCCGACGCGAGCCGGCGGCCGCGGGGACGUCACAUUGUCGGUGUCGGAAUGCGAGAUCUUUCGCCUGUUGAGUCGCGUGGACCCGGGCGCCGCGCAGUGGUAUAUGGCGGACGCGAUAUCGCGCGCGAUGCGGUCCCCGGCGCCGGCGCCGACGUCCUCCCUCAACCCGGAAGCGGCCGAGUUCCGGUUGGUGGCUUCCGGCACGCAGACCGACCUCCCGCGCAUCCCCCUGCCGCCCGGCAUGCGCCCCCCGCCCGGCUUCGAACGUUAA